AUACAAGACUGCGACUCAGUGGGAGUACUGAAAUGACCAGCCGGCAUCCCAGCCAUGCAGAGAGCACUCACUCCUCAGAUAAGCAGCCGCCUGCCGUGGCCCCCAAGCUCCAUGUCCACCGAUCACUGUCAAAGGAGACCAUUACCAUCCACUUCUCAGCUCUUGGGAAGGAGGAAGAGGAGGAGGAAGAAGAGCUGUACACUACGACUGUCUCCGCUACCUCAGCCGCUCUGGAUGACUCAAACAUUGUGACAGCUUUAGAAGCAAGCGAGGAGAUGUUUGAAGGGGUGCCAGUGGACUCUGCUGCUGGGGUUGGUGUCAUCCCUGAAUCAUCCAGACUUUCUCCCAUUUCUAGACAUCACACUAACAGUUCUCCCACACGGACUCUGUCUUCACAUGCUUCAGAGCAAAAAGCCUCGACGUCUAACUCGUCGCCAACAAAAUCUUUAAGCUUUCCCUCCAGUGACAAACCUUUCCUAAGCAUGGUUAAAUCUCUCUCCUCCGACGCCGAGUCUCGUGAUGGGGUUUCUCCUAUUCCUGCUCCGUCAGUGAGGCACAGGCAUCUCAUGAAGACUCUCGUCAAAUCAUUGUCCAUAGAUACAUCCCAGGACUCCUCAUCCUCCUCCUCCUCCUCCUCCUCCUCCACACCCUACCGUCUUCCAGAAUCACGCCUCAACCUGCAACUCUUUAAGCAAUUCACGCAGUCCCGGAUACCGUCUGCUGCCGCGUCGUCGCUUAGCGAUUCUAAAACCGCCCCCUCCUCGCCGCUAACCUCGCCGGAUAACCGCAGCUUCUUCAAAGUCUCAGAAGUCGAGGCGCGAAUCGAAGACACCAAGCGCCGUCUCUCUGAAGCCAUUUCCGAGCCGCUCCAGCUGCUGAGUAAAAUCAUGGAUGAAAAGAGUGGCAGCUUAGUUGGCAGCAGCAUUUACCGGCCCAAGGCGCUUUCUGCCAGCGCCUCAGAACUAUCAAACAUUGCUUCUGUUAAUGGUCACCUGGAGAGCAACAACAAUUACUGCAUCAAGGAGGAAGAAGGAGGUGACUGGGAGGCCGAAGGCCCCAACAGCCGAGUCUCUGGUACAGCCGAAUCCCCUGUCAGCCUCUCUGUCGACACAAAGAGCCCCAACAAAUCAUCGCCACUGUCCAUGUCACUGGACAAGUGCUCCAUGUCUGCUCUUGCAAAACAGGAGGACGAGGACUUUUGCAUCCUGUACAGCGACGACUUUGAUACUUGUACUGAAACAGACGGAGAUGGUGUUGAUAGAACUGACAAUACUGGAAGUGGUAGUCAAACUAAAGUGCCACUAAGCGGUAGCACCGAACCGUGCAGUGAGGAUGAAUCUGAAAGUAUUGCGCCGGCGCCUAGUGUUCCGCACUAUACUCUCAGCAUCCUUACAGUGUUGGUCUAUGGGUAUUUUGUAUUGCCGCUGCCAAGUUACGUUGGAGGAAUGCUGCUCGGGAUUGGGCUGGGAUUCCUUUUAGCCAUCGGCGUUGUGUGGCUGACGGGACCAAAACCUUCUGGAGGUGACUUCAGACAUUCCAGACACCGUGGCGAGAUGUGGAGUCUGACCAAGUUGGACAUUAAGGAACCAGAAAUCUAUAAGGGCUGGAUGAAUGAGAUAUUGAACUACGACCCGGAGACAUACCACGCCACACUGACGCACUCUGUGUACGUCCGGUUGGAGGGCUCCAUCAUUCGUCUGUCUAAACCCAACCACAACAUUGCCCGUCGUGCCACACACAACGAACCAAAGCCUGACGUUACCUACAUCAGUCAGAAGAUCUAUGACCUUACCAACAGCAAGGUGUAUCUGGCGCCUCAGAGCCUGGCCAGGAAGCGAAUAUGGAACAAAAAGUACCCCAUCUGCAUUGAACUCGGCAAACAAGACGACUUCAUGUCAAAGGCCGAGGGCGACAGGUGGGAGGCCAGCGAGGGCGUGAGCACGAGGGACAGAGGAGAGGCGACGGGAGGAGGUCAGGAUCGAGGCUGGUCGUCCUCGGCCAGAGACCUGACCCUCUACCUGUUUGGAAGAACUGGGCGGGAGAAGGAGGAGUGGUUCCAGCGCUUUCUGUCAGCCUCUAAGCUCAAGGCGGAUUUGAAGAAAAGCUCCUCCGUUGUGGGGAGUAAGAAGGCUUUGAGCUCCCACAGUCGCAGCAGCAGCCGCAGCAGUCUGGAUGAGGCGUUGGCAUCUCAGCCCCGGCCGAAGGACUCUUCAGCCUCCUCCACGAUGGCAGCCAGUGCCAAAGCCAAGCCUCUGCUGGACUACAGUGUCUACAUGGGCUCCUUACUGCCAAAACAGUUGGCAGUCAGCCCUACAGCUGCCAGCCCUGUUCUCCAGAGUCCUCAGAGCAGCCCUGGGGCUGAUAAGAAGCUUCAGAGCACCACUUCAGCUCCGCUGCAGCCCAGGGGAGAGGAGGAAGAGGAGGAGGACGCUGUUGCCUGGGUGAAUGCGGCUCUCGGUCGGGUCUUCUGGGACUUCCUGACGGAGCCCUACUGGGCUGAACUGGUCUCCAAGAAGAUUCAGAUGAAGCUCAGCAAGAUACGGUUGCCUUACUUCAUGAACGAACUAACCCUGACAGAACUGGACAUGGGCUCGGCCACUCCCAGAAUCCUUGGAGCUUCGAAACCCAGCAUCGACUAUCGAGGUCUGUGGUUCGACCUGGAGAUCUCCUACAGGGGCUCCUUCCUGAUGACCCUGGAAACCAAGAUGAACCUCAUCCGCCUGGGCAAAGAGGGGGACAGCCUCCGCUUAGGGGAAUUUGGCAAAGACGGAUACAGGCCGAGGACGUACUGCCUGGCCGACAGCGAUGAAGAGUCGUCCAGCGCCGGCUCGUCAGACGAGGAAGACUCCUCCGACUUCUCGAAUGAUUCUGCCGGAGCAGACGGUUUGGUUGGAGGACACAAAGCCAGCAAGAUCAUGCGCUUUGUGGACAAGAUCACCAAGUCCAAGUACUUCCAGAAGGCCACGGAGACGGAGUUCAUCAAGAAGAAGAUGGAGGAAGUGUCCAACACGCCCCUCCUGCUCACGGUGGAGGUGCAGCAGCUCCGGGGAACGCUGGCCGUCAACAUCCCGCCUCCUCCCACCGACAGGAUCUGGUAUGGCUUUAGGACACCGCCUCACCUGGAGCUGAAGGCCCGACCCAAGCUGGGAGAGAGAGAAGUCACUCUGGCUCAUGUUACGGACUGGAUAGAGAAAAAACUGGAUCAGGAAUUCCAGAAAAUCCUGGUGAUGCCAAACAUGGAUGAUGUGUGGCUGACUAUCAUGCACUCUGCCAUGGACCCUCGCUCGGCUGGCGGCCCCUCAGUCGGCCUCCCGGCGGCGGACCCCGAGCCCUGGCAGCCAGAGAGGGACAGCACCAGCCAGCCAUGAAGAUUGUUUACAGUAUUUCCUAAAGCUUAUGAAGUCUCAAAACGGGGGAACCGGAGCCAAAGUCGAUGGGCGUGGCGCUACUGUAACACAAACACAUUCCCGCAGUGAGCUGCUUUCUCACUUCAAAUAGAAGAGACCUCGUAACUUCAACAGGAACGAGGCCGAGUCGACACUAAAGACAAACUGUUGCUUGCUGCUCUGUUUAGUAGUAUUUAUCACGCCGGGGGAAAAGGCGGUUUCGUCUUGUGUGACGAUGAGUACCUAUUGAAUAGGCGCUGACAUGUGAAGGGAGCCUUUCUGGGCUCGUACCUGGGGGCGGGUUAAUCAGCAGGAAUAUUUUUGGUAUAUAUUUUAUGUCCGAUGAACACGUUGAUGUGGAAGCAUUCACCAGAUACCUUACAGCCUGCCGACGACGGGAGACGUUUAGCGUCGAGCUGCAGCAGAUGAAGUGCGAUCGUAUGUUGAGAUUAGAGGCAAACGGUUAGCGUGUGAAGGAGCGCCGUCGUUUGCCUUGUUGAGGAUGAACCGUGAACGAGUGGAGAAGCUCCGAUACUUGAUGUUAUGUUUCUUUACCAUAAAACAUUAAACCUUAAAGUGGCUUUAGCGAUUUAAACCUUUUAUUUUUUGGAUCAGGUGUUAACUAACAGUGUUCAUUUGUGCUGUGACCAGACCUUCGAUUGCCAAACUCCCUUUUUGUUUUUUUCAUUUUAAUGCCACUGAUGCCGUUGUCUGUAUGGAGAUGAUGCUCGAGAGCAAACACGCGGUAUGUAGGACGAAUACACAAUAAGUGCAAUGAUAGAACUGCUACAUAGGCUUUAGUAUGAUCUUGUAUAGCGACUAUAUAAAUACACAGUGUAUGUCUGAUGACAAGUACGAGGCCUCUAACACGUCUAUUGAAUGUAUGUUUGGAUAUUUUUGCUUUGGGUUCUUGUAUGAAAACAGUUUUUUGUUUUUUAACCCAGUUCUGACUGGGCUAUGCAAAUUAUUGCACAAAUACAAGUUUUCUUUUUGUUUUCUAAUGAUAAACACUAUGUCGUGUCCUUUUUCCAGACGCAUUGUGAGAAUCUUUGUGGCGUACACGGUGGUGCAUGCAUCCAGACAUGGUGUCGCUGAUGAUGUGUGAAUUAAAAUGACCAAUUUUGAUAAACAACAGUGCUUUAAAAAGACUCUGCGCACCUCUUUGUACGUAGGAAGACACUUUAACACAAGUUAAGGUACAGAUUAUAUCAGAAAGCGUCUAUGGUCCAGAAUGUGUGGCCCUGUCUACGGGUUCCCUCUCUGAAUAUGCCUUUGUCACCUUUUUUUCUGAUCUUAACCAAAGUCCUUCGGUUGGGCCUUCAGCGCCGGAUCGCUCCGUCGGACUCGACUUGUAUCGAUAAAGGGUCGAUCCACCCAGACGUCAGAACUUCUCUCGAUUCAUGUCGUGUUUUUUUUGUUUGUUUUUUAACUAAAUCACGCUAAAAACUUCUACCUGAACCAGGAAUUCUUGCCAAAUCAAACACAGCUCUGCUCCAAAUACUUUCAGAGUUGUGAGAUUUUUUUGAAAAUAGUCCCUCUGUGUUUAAUUUUAUAACUUCAAUCGCUUAUUUUUCACAGGAUUUGGCUGAUUUUUUUAUUUGAUUUUACACUGAAUAUCCCAGAAAUCUAAAAAAAAAAAAGUAAACAGUUGGAACUUGUAAUCAUGUCAGUAGCUUGUACCGCUUUUUAAUUUUUUAACAGAAAUUAAAACAAUAACAAUCUGUAACUUAUCAUCAAAAGGAAAAAUCUCCUCUAAUGUUCGCUCACAAUUUGCUUCGAAGCUGGAAAAUCCAAUUUCUUGGACAUUUUAACAGUAUUUUUUUUUUUUUUUUUUUCCCAUGAAGGAUUGUUUUGAUUUCUUUGAGACUUUUUGAAGGGAACGUCUUCGUAUCCAUUGAAAACCUAUUAAAGAUGUUAUAUUACUCCUUCGUUAUUUAAUGAUUUUAUGAAAAUGACAAAUUUUGUUUGUAGUUUUCAGUGGCUUUAAUAUCACAUUUGGUGGCUUUAAUUAUCAGGUAAACAUCUGUACUAUGUUGAUUUCCAGGUUUUCUAUGUCUGUAUGGUACCUGUUGAGCUGUUUUGUCAUUAGUUCAGGAAAUAAACGACUCAAGUUCCA